CAGAGGGUGGGAGCAGGUGGGGGCCUCUUAUAAAAGUGCUGCCCACUCCAUGGUUCUCAGUGUCUCACUGCUGGAGGACCGGACGGGUUGAGGCUGUGACCUGAGGGGGAACCACUGGGUUUGGACUUCUUUAUUUACCUUAUAGAAAGGUGACUAAGAUGGACACGCACGCGGUUCUGGUUCUGUUCGCCAUCAUCUCAGUGUGUGGAGCCCAGCGGUGGAAGCAGGACGCCCCACAGUGGAACCCCAAAGAUCCCGGCAGCAGCAGGAAGUGCUCCAACCUCACUCAGGUCCUGGACAACUGGAAGUUCGCGAUCGUGACCCGGGUGAGGGAGCUGCUGAUCAACGACCACGCGUCCGUCCUCCCCGAGUACAACAGAAUCCGGCCCCUGUCCGAGGCCCUGGGAGACCUCUACAGGCGCUUCGACAGUCUGAAGGGCGACCUGGGCAGGCUGGCGGCCAAGCUGGACGGCGUGGAGGCCUUCGUGGACGAGCUGAGCGACGGCAGGCUCCCCGCUCCUCGCCGUCCCGCGCCCAGGACCCCCCCCGGCGGCGGCCUGAGGGCGCCGCUACGAGCACAGAUGAAGUCUCCUGACAGGAGGGUCCUCACGAUGAGAGCGAGGAGGAGGAGGCCGGGCAGAGCCUAGAUCUGGUGUAAUAGAACAAUGGGUGAUGUGUAAAAAAUGAGAGAGAUAGAAAGAUCAGAUAAAGAAAACUCAAAUGUACAAAUACAAGUGUUUCUAUGUGUGCAACGACACUUACAACCGCCAGGUGGCAGCAUUUCUCCAGUUACUCUAAUCCUGUUGGCUAUAAAAAUAAUGGCUAAAAAAACUGUCUUGACUUGUGAUGUAAUACAAUAUAUGGAUAUUAUACAUCCAUGACAUAUGACAUCAUCAGUAAUUUUCAGAUUAGUUGAAAAGGACAUUGAUGCAAAUUAAAAAAGCAGCUCGUCUGAUUCUUCACGCUC